UCCGCAAAGAACCUCGGAGCUGCCACUGUACCAUAGCUCAGGCUAUGAGACUACUCUAGACUCAAUAUUUACAAAGGAUCUCGACGAUGACAAAAUCGUACACAGAAAACAUGAUGCCAGAAACGCAGAGCAAUCCCAGUUGGACGGAUGACUGUCUCAGUUCCCAAGAUGAGCAUGAAGCCGACAAAAAAGACGAUGAAAACGAAUCCAUGAGUCUCACAUUCAAGGUGGAAACGGGAGAACUUGAUAAACUGGGAGAGGAGGAUGAUGAUGAGGAGGAGGAGGAUGAAGAUGAUGAUGAUGAGGAGGAGGAUGAAGUGGACGAGAAUGAAGAUCAAAAACCGAAACGGCGGGGCCCCAAGAAAAAGAAAAUGACAAAAGCCAGACUGGAGAGGUUUAAAAUGAGGAGAAUGAAAGCUAACGCCAGAGAGAGGAACCGCAUGCAUGGUCUGAAUGCAGCACUGGAUAGCCUGCGGAAAGUCGUGCCCUGUUAUUCGAAAACCCAAAAACUAUCCAAGAUUGAGACUCUGAGACUAGCUAAGAACUAUAUCUGGGCUUUAUCGGAGAUUCUGCGUUCUGGAAAAAGCCCAGAUCUCGUGUCGUUUGUGCAGACGCUCUGUAAAGGUUUAUCCCAGCCCACCACUAAUCUCGUAGCUGGCUGCCUUCAGUUAAACCCGCGAACUUUCCUUCCAGAGCAGAACCAGGACAUGCCACAUAUGCAAACGGCCAGUGCUUCCUUCUCCGUUCAUCCAUACACCUACCAGUCCCCUGGUCUUCCGAGUCCGCCCUACGGUACAAUGGACAGUUCCCACAUAUUUCAUAUUAAACCGCACAGUUACGCUGGAGCCCUGGAACCUUUUUUUGAAAGCACUCUCACUGAAUGCACUAGUCCGUCCUUUGACGGACCAUUAAGCCCACCUUUAAGCAUCAAUGGGAACUUCUCUCUCAAGCAAGAGCCUUCUCAAGAGUUUGAAAAGAACUACACGUUCACCAUGCACUACCCUGCAGCCACGCUGGCCGGACCCCAAGGACACAGCUCCAUGUUUUCUUCCGCUACUCCUCGGUGUGAAAUCCCCAUAGACAACAUUAUGCCAUUCGACGCCCACUCGCAUCAUGAGCGAGUUAUGAGUGCCCAGCUUAAUGCCAUCUUCCAUGAUUAACAUGGAAAUCAGCAACAAUGUAUUGUAAACGAAUCGAAUUAAAUGUACUUCGUGAAUAGCUUGUUUACACACGGCAGCACACCGGUAUCACUUGCUGCGGAGUGCAAAUGUUUCGCGCUUAAAUUAGUACUUGUACUUAUUAUUGUUACUGCCUUUAAGAGAAAUGGGAAUGAAAACACUUCCCGUUAUCAUAUGUACAAUAUUCUACUAGCGCUUCUCUCUGUGGGCUACAUGAAAGUCAAUGUAGCACCUGUUCAGAUAAUGGUAAUUACUGAUCCACAUGACAAAAUCACAAGCAAUAAUUAGGAAUCUAUGCAAUUUUUAAACUAAUAAUGGGCCAAUUUAAAAAUAUAUUUUUCAACCAACAUUUUACUACUGUUACCUUUCCCAUGCUGAAUUAUUUUGUUGUGAUUUUGUACAGAAUUUUUAAUGAAUUUUUAUAAGGUCGAUUUCCUAUUUUAACCAUGCAGCUCCAUCACUGUUUUUUAUAUCAAGAGUAGGAUUAUCUAUAAUUUAUACAAAAGUAAUUUAAUUUUUAACCAGCGGAAAAGUGCUUAGAAUAAUAUUCUGUUGCCUUAGGACUUCCUACCUAUAAAAUCACGCAAAGUUGCACAAUCCUGACAAAUUAUUUUCCCGCUUUAGUCUUUUCCUGGUUGUGAAACCUUACCUACCAGACUAACAGGAUGCAAAUCGAAAAUAAAAUUUUAAAAAAGACCUAUCUUUGGUAGAUCAUAUCAAAAGGAUAAAUAGUUGCACAAAAUGUGUAUAUAAUGUUAUCAAAUACCAAUUUUCAGUUUCUUAAACGGUUGCUUGACUAUCACAAAUCAUUUGCACUGUAUCUAUUUCCUUUAAACUAUUUCCAUCAAACAUUAUUAGAACAGCGAAGUUAACUCGACUCUAAGACCAGCGGAGGAAUUGUUUAUUCCGUUUAUCAACUAACUGACUUCCCAUAUUACACGUAGGUAUACACACGCGCGCGCACACACGGCGUCUUAUCAUAUCUGAGAGUUAAAAGCUACAGCUAUAAUCAGGCUUAUUAAUGUUGGGCUAUAUAUUAGUUAAUUAGUGCAGUAGCUAAAAAUCUCACAUUUAUUCCGUAACUAGAACAAUAGAUAUUGCAUGUACAAUGCAGUCCAGAUGAAGUGCUGUUUAAAGUGUAAUGCUGGUUCAACUGAAAUAAAUUGGUACUGUAAUUUUGUUUGUAAUCCUGUAUUUUAUGAUGUAAUGCCACAAUGCAUUGGGAAUUGAGAUCACAAUCAUGCAGUCUUUUAUUGAAAUAGUAAUCUCAUCUUUGUCAAAUGUUGCAUUUUCAUUAAAUGUGAUUUUUCUUAGUGUAUGUAAUUCCUAUGGGAUUAUUGUUUUAUUUUGAUAGCUCAUGAAA